AUGUCGAGUAGCACCAUGCUCUCGGACGAAUAUCAGGUCACGCUAUGCACGUCUGCCUCGCAGCUACGCGGGGCGUGCGACGUGCGCAUCCAAGUCUUUGUCCACGAGCAAGGGUUUGCGCUCCAGGACGAGAUUGAUCAGUACGAUCCGCUCGCCGCUCACUUCGCACUCACACACCGCGACGACCCCACGCGUGCACUCGGCACACUGCGUCUGCUGCCGUAUCCCUUGCCCAUCCCCAAGCCGGACGAACCGGAUUCCGAACCCGAUGUGUCCUCCUCGUUUCCGCUCGGUGGCAGCCGCAGCGAGUCGGCGAUCGCGAGCGACUUUAUCAGUGCUGCAUGGACACAUUAUCCGCACCCGACGUCGAGGGCCAGGGAUCCAGCGCAAACACGUGCGGAAGAGCGGCAGACCGAAUCCGAGAUCCCAGAGAGAGGAGGGGCAAAGCUGGGCAGGCUGGCGCUGCUCAAGGAAGCGCGAGGGAAAGGGUUGGGGCACUUUUUGGUGAGGAAGGCCGAGGAGUGGUUGAUUCAGAGUUUGUCGAGCGACGAAGCUGCGAAGCAGGGGGCGUUUGGGCCGCGACCGUCGCUGCAGGAGCAUCACAGCGAGGUCGAGAAACAGGCUCAGACACUCGAUAGCAUCGUCGUCAAGCUCAGCAGUCAGAUCUAUGUGAUCGACUUUUACAAGAAGUUGGGCUACAGCCCCGUUGGCGACAGAUACGACGAAGAUGGUGCUCCACAUCAGCUUUGCUACAAGCAAGUGUUUCUGGCCAAGAACUGA